UGUGGGGUUUGUGCCUGGUUGUGUGACCUCUGGUUUCUGGUUAUUUCAGGACUUGCCCGAGCCCGACAAUAUGCAGUGGACGUGACUCUGGACCCAGACACGGCUCAUCCCAACCUCGUCCUGUCUGAGGAUCGGAAAUGUGUACAACACAGAGACACCCGACAGGAUCUGCCCGACACCCCGGAGAGAUUUGAUCCUUGUCCCUGUGUCCUGGGCUCGGAGGGGAUCACGGGCGGGAGGCGCUACUGGGAGGUGGAGGUGGGAGACAAGACAGAGUGGUACGUGGGCGUGUGCAGGGAGUCUGUGCGCAGGAAGGGGGAUGUCACACUGUCACAACGCCACGGAUACUGGGUCGUGUGGCUGGAAGAUGGAGGACACAAGCCCUGCACCUCCCCCUGGACCCCCCUCCCCGUGCGCGUGCGGCCCAGGCGGGUGGGGGUUUUCCUGGACUACGAGGGGGGCGAGGUCUCAUUUUACAACGUGACCGACAGGUCCCAUCUCUUCACUUUCACUGACACCUUCUCCGGGACCCUGCGCCCUUUCUUCAGUCCUGGUCUCAAUGCUGGGGGCACCAACGCGGCUCCCCUGACCCUGUGCCCGGUCCCAGCCCAGUCCUGAGGGAAUCCCGGUCCCUGCCAUGACCCGCGGGGGGCACAGACUGUCCCCUCCCCGUGCCCCGACUGCCACCCCUCGGUGUCCCCAGGGUGGGGGCAGGCUGACGGGUCAGGGCUGGGGUCUCCAACACAGGAGCUGCUCCAGCCUGGACCCUGGUGCUGCCCAGGCCCAGGUGUCAUCUCCCAAUCCCCAAAUGCAGGGGCGAUGCUUAGGGGCUGCACACAGGUGCACGUGCACCCCCUGAGCAUUGCAGUGCACUCCCUGCAAAAAGGUGCCGCCGACACUGUUAGCAGUUUCUGCAGGCAGUCCAUGAUCAGCCCUGGCCGCCACCGGUGCUGCUGGCUGUGCCUGUGGGUCUUCACUGAUCCCUGGUCAGCACUCGCCACCACCCCCACCCCCGCCCCUGCCCCUGCCACCAACAGUGCCGACAGCUUCUUUGGGAGCUCCCCACUAACCACCGCUGGGGUGCAGCAGCCGCCGAUGGAGCCGUGCUCUCCCCAGCCACUGGGGGCAGGUGCCAUUCAUGCCCACACGCAUAGCCCCCCCCUGGAAGGGACUGUCUCUGAACUCUCAUCCUUCACUAACAUCACUACAGUCACUCUGGGGUUUUUAUUUUGUUAAUUUGUUUGCCUCUCUCAGCACUGUUUCCCUUCCCCCCUGACCCCAUCCUCUCCCCUCCUCUUCUCUCCCCUCCCUCUAUUCCCUUUUAUAUUUAAAAUAAAUACCUUUGCAUUGUA